AUGCAGCUCACUUCUCUUGCCAUUCUGGCCGCCGCCUUCGGCAUCGCUGCUGCUCAGAGCAGCACUACUUCUGCUGCAGCCACCACCUCUUCGUGCGCUGCUCAAACCGUCCUCGACCUCUGCGUCUCGCAACAGUCGGCACGCAACUCCCAGUGCGCUGCCAAUGACUACGACUGUCUCUGCACUGGUUACUCGAACCUCGUUGUGUGCUACAACCAGUGUCCUAACGACCCUAACGCCUUCUCUGCUUCUCAGUACAAGACUCAAUACUGCCAGGCUGCUGCCCAGUACGGAUCUUCUGCCAUGUCCAAGAAGACUCAGUCGGCCACUGCUUCGGUCUCGGGCUCGCUCUCAUCCGCCCUCUCGAGCGCAUCCUCAUCUGCUUCUGUUGCUUCCUCGUCAGCCGCAUCCGUCGCUUCGUCGGCCUCUCGCAGCGCAUCUUCGGCUGCUUCUUCCGCUUCCUCUGCUGCCUCUGCCGCAGCCACUCACACUGGCGCCGCUGCCAACAUGGGCGUUCCUGCUGCCGGUGUCUUCGGCAUGGUUCUUGGAGCUGCUGCUCUUCUGUAA